CGAGCAGAACAGAGAAGGUAGCCAUCUUGAAGGGUAUUUUUAUAUCUUUUCCAUCCAAGCAAGUUUCUGAAGGUCAUUUCGUCAUCUCAGGACGAUUUUAUGAAGUUGUCUAAUUGUACAGGUUGUAAUCCACCGAGCAGAGUCAAGAUUCCGCUUUCAAUACAACAUACGAGGAGGCAGAAAAGCCUAACAUUACAAAUAAAAAGGACUAGAAAUAAAGCGUUUAUGACUUAUACAAGGAACCAGCUUGAAAGUCUAAUUUGUAAUCAUUAUAAGCACUUGGCUAAAAGUAGACUUAAAAGAAAAUACAAUACGUCAUCAUGGCACUUGUUAAUGUCAACCGCAAGAAUACAGACCAGUUUUAUCGGUACAAGAUGCCUAAACUCAUAGCUAAGGUUGAAGGGAAGGGCAAUGGUAUUAAGACUGUCAUUGUUAAUAUGUCUGAUGUUGCAAAGGCUCUCUCAAGACCACCAUCUUAUCCAACCAAGUAUUUCGGUUGUGAAUUGGGUGCACAAACYCAAAUUGAUUCAAAGAAUGAAAGGUACAUUGUGAAUGGUGCCCACCAGGGAGAAAAACUCCAGGAAAUAUUGGAUGGAUUUAUUGAAAAGUUUGUGCUUUGCUCUAACUGUGAGAACCCAGAAACUGUCUUGAAAGUCGACAAGAAAGAGAGGAUUGGUCAAAGCUGCAGGGCAUGUGGCCAUCAAGGUUUUAUCAACCUCCAACACAGGCUGAUCACAUACAUCUGUAAGAAUCCUCCGUCUGGUGAUGCAACUGCAACUCCCUCCAAAAAAGACAAAAAAGAUCGCAAGAACAAGAAGCAUCAAAAUGGAGACACCAGCCCAAAUCACUCUCCCCAGGAAAAUGGUGAAGUUGACAAGUUUGACAUGCCCAAUGUGAACAAUUCCAACAGCCACGAUGAUGAUGAGUGGUCAGUUGACACCAGYGACGCAGCUGUCCAUCAAAGAAUGAAGGAUCUCUCAUCUGGAGUCAAGGGUUUGACCUUCACUGAUGACUUAGAGAGGCCUGAGGAACAGCGCUUCAAUAUGUUCUACCAGUAUGUUAAGAAAGCAAAGCAAGAGAAUUCUGUUGACAAUUCUGGCAAGGACUUUGUUGCUGAGGCUGAACGUCUUGAUGUAAAAGACAAGGCUGUCUUAGCUAUGGCAGAGCUUCUCUUUGAUUGCAAAAUGCUGCAGCAAAUUCCCAAGUACCGUCUACAUUUCUUGAGGUUUGUGAAUGAUAACCCAAAAGCUCAGAAGUACCUUCUUGGGGCCUUUGAGAUGCUUGUUGGCAAGUCAUAUCCAGAGGAAYUGAUGCCCAAAUCAGCACACAUACUGAAAGCAUUCUACGACAAUGACAUCCUGGAUGAAGAAGUUCUUAUUAACUGGUCUGAAAAGGUAUCAAAGAAGUACGUCACCAAAGAAGUGUCUACUCAAAUCCAUGAUAAAGUGAAACCUUUCAUUGAUUGGCUUAAACAGGCUGAAGAAGAAGAAUCCAGUGGUGAAGAAGAGGACGAUGAGGAUGACUUGGUGUAUGACAACAAAGCUGAACAACUAAAGGUUGUUGCAGUUGAGGACAAGAAAAAACAGGAGGAAGAAGAUGACGAAAUCAAYAUUGAUGACAUCUAAGCUAUUAACUCUAAACUCAAACUCUGAAAAUAUAUAUUUGUGGCAUAGAUUAGGGAGAUUAUAAUGGUUUCCAUACACCAAGAUAUAAUGUACGUGUAGUAAGAUUAGGUUAAGAUAAGUUUAAAUGAUUAUUUAAGAUAACUUGAAUUAGGAAAAUACUUUCAAUUAAUCAUUCUUUGAAUGAAACAAAUUAAUAUGUAUCAUGAUUUUGCAUGCAUUCUGCACUAAGCUUUAUUUGUAAGCUGUAGUCAUUGUAGUUUUGUGUUAAGUAAGGGUUGUCGUUGAUGCCCUUUUGAAUAAUAUUGUAUGCCACUAAAGAAUAAAACAAUACAUUCAGCAUUAAAA